UAAAAAUUUUCAGGGUCUUCCUUACCUCCCUUUAUCCCUGAAUUUUCCAGAUUAUUUCUAAUAUACAAUUUCUCUACAAAGUCAUCAUUUUGAUUUUAAUUACUUGAUGCCCUCAUUCAACAAUGGCAAAGUUUCCAUUCACCAUAUCGCAUUAAGUUGAUCAACUUCAUCAAAUUGGAGAUGUGGGGUUUCAAGUCUCAAUUCAUUGGUGGUCAAAGAGAAAAGUUCGUUAGGCUAAACAAAAUGGACUCAUACUCAUCAUCAACAAGCACAGCCAAUGGAUUUGGAGGAUUCAACAUAGAAGGAAUAAAAAGAACAAUAUAUGGAGCAUAUAACCCAUCAAUGUUAGCAACGAUGGGCCCACAAGGACUAAAAACAUUUGGUAAAUCACUAAAAUCAGGAGUUACUAGGGCAAUAUUCCCUGAAGAUCUUAAAGUAUCAGACAAAAAAAUAUUUGAUCCUCAAGAUAGAUCACUUAUUCUUUGGAACAAACUAUUUGUUAUAUCUUGUAUCAUUGCAGUUUCCAUUGAUCCUUUGUUCUUUUAUCUUCCAAUCGUCGAACAUCGAAAGGAUUGUUUAGGGAUGGAUUUCUCUUUAGCUGCUACUACCACUACUUUAAGGACUAUGGUUGAUGCAUUUUAUAUAAUUCAUGUCAUUUUUCAGUUUAGGACUGCCUAUAUUGCACCAUCUUCUAGGGUUUUUGGAAGAGGUGAACUUGUGAUUGAUACUAAGGAGAUUGCUAAAAGAUACUUGUUUCGUUAUUUUAUUGUGGAUGUUUUGGCUGUUCUUCCUCUACCCCAAAUUGUGGUGUUAAAAUACCUAGUUAAAGCACAAGGCAAAGCUAUACUGGAAACAAAACAGUGGUUGCAAGUAAUCAUAUUUGUUCAAUACAUAUUUAGAUUUGGAAGGUUUUAUCCUUUAACUUCUGAUCUAAAAAAGACUGCUGGCGGUUUUGCGGAAAGUGCUUGGCUUGGUGCUGCUUAUUACUUGCUGUGGUACUUGCUCUCUAGUCAUAUUGCAGGAGCGUUAUGGUAUUUGUUGGCAGUGGAACGAAUUGAUACAUGUUGGCAAAAGGCAUGUCAAAGUCAAGGAGAUAAGUGCAAUGAAGAUUUCUUAUAUUGUGGUAAACAUGAUAUGGAUGGUUCUUAUGAGACAUGGAGAAAUAUUAGUGUGGAAGUACUUGGAAAAAUGUGUUCUGUGGAGGAUAUUGGACCUACAUCCUUCAACUUUGGAAUCUAUACACAAGCUAUGUCAUCCAAGAUUGUUGAAUCUCAAACCUUCUUCAGAAAAUUUUGUUACUGCCUCUGGUGGGGCUUACAAAAUCUAAGUACACUAGGCCAAGGGCUACAAACUAGUACGUAUCCGGGAGAGAUCAUAUUUUCCAUAUGUCUUGCAAUAUCUGGUCUCAUUCUUUUUGCACUUCUGAUUGGAAAUAUGCAGACUUAUCUUCAAUCGCUGACUGUAAGGCUUGAGGAGAUGAGAAUUAAAAGACGUGAUUCAGAGCAAUGGAUGCAUCAUCGUUUACUUCCCCAAGAACUUAGGGAGCGAGUUAGACGUUAUAACCAAUACAAAUGGUUGGAAACACGAGGAGUUGAUGAAGAAAGCCUUGUUCAGAGUCUACCAAAAGAUCUUAGGAGGGACAUUAAACGACAUCUUUGUUUAAAUUUAGUUAGAAGAGUUCCGUUAUUUGCAAACAUGGACGAGAGAUUACUAGACGCAAUAUGUGAACGUCUAAAACCAAGCCUAUACACAGAAAAAACGUUCAUAGUCCGAGAAGGAGACCCAGUAGACGAAAUGAUCUUCAUCAUAAGAGGACACUUAGAAAGUGUAACAACCGAUGGAGGAAGAAGUGGAUUUUACAACAGAGGAUUACUAAAAGAAGGAGAUUUUUGUGGGGAAGAACUUCUAACAUGGGCAUUAGACCCAAAAUCCAUAAUCAACCUACCCUUAUCCACAAGGACAGUUAAGGCACUAACAGAAGUAGAAGCCUUUGCAUUAAGGGCAGAAGAAUUAAAAUAUGUUGCAAGUCAGUUUAGAAGACUUCAUAGUAAACAAGUUCAACAUACAUUUAGAUUUUAUUCACAACAAUGGAGGACUUGGGCUGCUUGUUUUAUUCAAGCUGCAUGGAAAGGUCAUUUGAGAAGAAAAAUUGCUGAGAUUCGAAGAUUUGAAGAUGAAGAUAUAAUGUUUGAUGAUGAUGAUGAUGGGGAAGAGAAAUGUUUGAUUAAAACGCGACGUUUUGGGGAUUCUAGUUUUAAAACGACGUUGUAUGUGUCGAGGUUUGUUAGGAAUGCUCUUAGGGGUGUUCAUAGGCUUCGAAGUGGGUCUAGUACUACUGAAUUGUCGUUGCAGAAGCCUCAUGAACCUGACUUUUCUAGCCUUGAUUGAGGUUUUUGUGUUAUUAAGGAUUUGUGUACUUGUUUGUACUUUGUAUAUGUAGAUCAGA